CAAUAAACCUUAAGAGGCUAGGGCUUGGUGGGCGAGGUCUUCGGGAGUGCUGUCUCUGCGUGCGCAUGGUCAUCAGUCGGCGCUGAGCUGGUACUGAGUGGGCGGGGCCGUUAUGGGCGGGGCCUGGCGUGGAGGGGUCGGCCCGGUCCUUUCUGCUCUGGAGCAUGGGCCACCGUACUCUAGCCUCGUCGCCGGGCCUGUGGGCCUCCCUCCCCUGUCCACGCUCGGAACUGCGCCUGGAUCUGGUUCUGUCUUCCGGACAGUCCUUCCGGUGGAGGGAGCAAAGCCCCGCGCACUGGACUGGCGUGCUGGCGAACCAGGUGUGGACCCUGACCCAGACCGAGGAGCAGCUCUACUGUACUGUGUACCGAGGGGACAAGGCUUGGGUCGGCAGACCCACACCCCAAGAGUUGAAGACUGUGCACCAGUACUUCCAGUUGGAUGUCAGCCUGCCUCAACUGUAUCACCACUGGAGUUCCGUGGACCCCCACUUUCAAGAGGUGGCUCAGAAAUUCCAAGGUGUGCGACUUCUGCAACAGGACCCCGUCGAGUGCCUUUUCUCCUUCAUCUGUUCCUCCAACAACAACAUUGCUCGCAUAACCGGCAUGGUAGAGCGCCUCUGCCAGGCCUUGGGACCUCGGCUCGUCCAGCUUGAUGAUGUCACCUACCAUGGCUUCCCCAGCCUGCAGGCCCUGGCUGGGCCGGAGGUGGAGGCUCAGCUCAGGAAGCUGGGCCUGGGGUACCGUGCCCGCUACGUGAGUGCCAGUGCCCGAGCCAUCCUAGAAGAACAGGGCGGGCUGUCCUGGCUGCAGCAGCUGCACAAGGCCCCCUACGAGGAGGCCCACAAAGCCCUCUGCGCCUUGCCCGGGGUGGGCACCAAGGUAGCUGACUGCAUCUGCCUGAUGGCCCUAGACAAGCCCCAGGCCGUGCCUGUGGAUACCCACAUGUGGCAGAUUGCCCAGCGUGACUACAGCUGGCACCCCACUGUGUCCCAGGCCAAGGGUCCAAGCCCCCAGGCUAACAAGGAACUGGGAAGCUUUUUCCGGAGCCUGUGGGGACGUUAUGCUGGCUGGGCCCAAGCAGUGCUGUUCAGUGCUGACCUGCGCCAACCCCACCGAGCUCAGGAGCCACCAGCAAAGCGCAGGAGAUCUGCAGGCCCAGAAGGCUAGGUGGGGGGCACUGGACAAAGGAAUUCCCCAAAUACCUUUCCCCACUUCGCUUCCCCAUCCAGUCUCAUGUUAGGAAGGGGGCUUCUUGCAGCUACCUCAGGGGCCAGGGACCCUCAAAUUAAGCAGUUGGCACAGCACUGUGGGGUGGAGGUUAUCUUUGAAACAGAGCUACUGUGUUUUUAUCUCUUCCCUUUAUUACAAGAAAGAACAAUAAAAUAGAAUCAUUUGUAUGGAAAA